AUUCCGCAGCAUUUGGCGCCACUUGUCGGUAAAAUUAAGCCAUUCAAAAGGCCAGUUAACGUCGUUGCUAGGAAACGAAUCCUGUCAACACUGCUGACAAGCGACUGCAUUCGUGAAUGUCUCGUAACCUCAACCAGCUGUUUAUAUUUUCUAGCCGAACGUUUCUGAAACACAAAAAACUAAAAUGUCCAAUGCAUUGUUGGCUGAAGUUGGCUGGGACGAGGGUUUUGCCAUCCCUGUAGCAAAUGCGGAGAAUAAAGCGUUAGAGGAAGAGCUCCAACGGAAGCAAAAAGAGCAAUUAAAUAUUGAGAACAAACUGAAUAAAUACAAGGACAUUAUAAAUGCACUGACUGAACAUCUAAAAAAUCUAAGACAAGAGGUUUCUCAUACUCAGGCAUUGUGCAAAGCCAGAGAAAAAGAGACUGAAUCAGAAGUUCACUUCAGAGCGCUGGCAGAGCGAGAGACGGGCCGUCUGAAGCAGGAGAUCACUAAGCUGGAGAAUGAACUGGAAACAUUGAAUGAGAAGAAGAAUGCACAAGAGAACAAUAUAUUUAAAGCUAUUCAGAAGCUGGAUCAGUUGAAGAAUCAGUUGAACUGGGAUCAGCAGACUUUGGAGGCCUGGCUGCAGGAAUCAGAACGCAAGGAUGAAGACACUAUGGCCAUCUUCAAAUACGCCAAGCAAGACGAAAGCAUUAUUCGAGAGUUGACACUGAACAUUGAGAAGCUGACGCUUGAAGCCAACAAGAAGAGAAAAACCUUAGACAGUGAACUCACUGAGACAGUUACAGCACAGAUUGGUUUGGACAAGACAGCUGAGAGCUUUCGUCAGGCUCACAUUGAAAGACAAGCGAUGAUCAGCCAGUGGGAGAACACUAUUGAACAAAUGAGGAAAAGAGACCAGGAAAUGGAGCAAUGUGCUAUGUUGCUGGCAGAGGUGAACCAAGUGAUAAGGGAGAAGAAUGAUUUGAUAAAGGAGAGGAAGGACUUCAUGGAGCAUGAGAAAAAGAACAAUAAAGAGCUGGAGAGGAAGAUAGCCUCGGCUGAAUGUCAGGCGGUGCGACUCAAACAGCAGCUCCGGGAACAGGAGAGUAACCACAGACGUCUCCAGGGUGAGCUUGGUAGUCUGAAGGGAAAUUUGAACCGAAUAGCCACAGAUGUGGAGUCAACUAGAUCUCACUUAACCAGCAUGAAAAAGGACAUUCAAGACAAGACAGCCAAAGUUGAAGGGGCAAAGCUGCAUAACGCUGCUCUGAAGGAGAAGCUACAGUUGGUGACGGAGGCGGCGCUGGAUGGGGAAGAGCAGGCAGCACAGAUGGAGCAACUGCUCAAAGAACAUGAGCAGAACAUCAAAGAGAUCGAUGCUCAGCUGCUCCGGCAGAGAGAGCUCAUGUUCAGGAAGAGUCAGGAGUUGCAAGGGCUGCGUGUAAAGGAGAAGAACGUUACUGCUGAGAUCUACGGUACACGGGCCUCUCUUUCCAAUCUGGAGAGCAGACUCCGCAAACUUGACCAGAAUUCCCUCAAACAGCUGAUGAUCAUCUUCAACCAGGACUUUCAGAUCCAGAUGCUGGAGAGGAAGAUGUCACGCUUGCAGGGGGAGGUGAACACUGAGAAGAAGGAGGCUCUGGAGAAGAGGGUCUCAGAUCUAGCUGAAGCUCUGGAGGAGAGGAAGAGAACGGCCGCCACCCUUACCACACAGCUGAAAAAACUCCAGGAUGAUAUCCGCUGUAUUAAGAAAGAAACAGACAAGACUGGAGCAGAGAAGAGAGAUCUGACCUCCAAGAUCCAGGAUCUGCAGCUCUUCAUUGGUACCUCUGAGAAAGAACAGAAAAAAGUCAGGCUUAAAAAACAGGACAGCAUGGUGGAGAAAGGCCUGCUGAAGAUGGAGGUGCAGCGUUUGAGAGAUCUGCUGUAUGACCGAGCAGAUGGAGUGCUGUCUCUGGAGAAGAGACGUCUGCAGCUGCAGACGGCCAUGAAGGAGCGAGAAGAAGAGAUCCGUGUGCAUAGAGAGAUGCUCAGUAAACAGGUCAAACUCAGUGAGCAGGAGAGACAGGGAAUCAGUAUUGAUGUGCAAGAGAGGCUGUCUAAAAUCGACAAGAUGAGGAAGAGAUAUGAGAUCCUGACUGUUUCCAUGGCUGCACCGGAGGGAGAGGAGGAUAAAUCACAGGCCUACUUCAUUAUAAAGGCAGCUCAAGAGAAAGAGGAACUCCAGCGUCAGGGGGAUGAUUUGGACUCCAAAAUCCGCAAGACAGAGAAAGAGAUUCAAGCUUUAGAGAACACCCUGCAAGUUGUCAAAAAUCGCAAUACGACCUACCGCAAAGCCCUGACCAAAGUCACAGAGUCAAGUCCGGAGCAUCAGGAGAAACUGAAGCUGGAGGAACAGAGACGAGCAGCCGAGGAGAAGUACAAAUAUAAGAGACGACAAAUCCAAGAACUGCAGAAGGACAUUGAGGGCAUGAACAGCACAUUGGAGGGUCUUCUUAAAGAGGAGACAGUCGAGAAUGACACCACUGAGAGGACUAAAGCACAUGUUCUCUCGCUCAAUAAAGACCUCAUAUCUCAGGAGGAGAAACUGAAUAGAGUUGUCAAACAGUGUUCCAAAUAUACCAGGGAAAUUCGGUCUGCUAAAAAUUCCAAAGAGCAGACCUUUGAGGAACGUGACAUAGAGCUACGAGAGCUUAGAGAUGUCAAUAAAAACAUUAAUAAGAUGCUCCUAGAAGCCAUGGAAGAGAAUUCAGACCUGUCAUCUACAUUACAGACAUAUUUUAUGGAGGCUGGCCUGUCCCUGCCCUCUGCUGCUUCCACUCCAUCUAGUCGUAUGAGCUCAAAAACAAACUCAGCUCGGAGCUCUGCUUCACUUCGAUCCUCACGUCAAUCAGCCUGCAGCAGUCCCAGAAGCUCAUCUGUAUCAUGCCCUCCAGUGAAGACAGUGGAUCUGGGCUUGGGCCUCUCCGUCACAUCUCCUCGUCUCUCCACUACAUCACCACAAGGGUCUCGUCCACCCAGCAGUGGCAGCAGCAGCAGAAGCAGAAGCAGCAAGUUCAAAAGCCCUUAAACAGAUCCAGAUCCCAUUUAUUCCUAUUUAAAUUAACAAAACCUCUCACUUUUCUUGUUCUACAGUUAUUAAACAGUAUAUCAUUUCUUCAUUUUACUUAAGGAGUUUGGUCUUAAAGUAGCUUACCCAUAAAAGAAAAUGUUGUAAUCAUUUACUUUCUUGAAUUUACUUUAUUGAAAUGUGUUAAAUUUCAAUAUUUUCCAGGAAAAAGUAGUUUGCAAUUCCAAAAAAUUAAAUAUAAUCAAAACAAAUACUUAAAAAGAAUUACAAUAUAUAAAUUUUUUCAUUUUCUAGAAAUGUAUUUUAAGCCGUAUCAGUGAGUAUUACUUCAGAUAUUUACUGUAAACAAAAAGUGUUCAUGUUUUGCAACUAUUGGCACUGAACUUCAUCCAAGAUGUUUUGUUCAUUUGGAAUUAUAACUAAAUGAGCAUUACUUCCACAGAGACUUCCAUUUUUUAUUUUCUUAAUUAAAAUGUUAAACACUCAUGUCAGAUCAGUAAAGUUUCUAAUGAUCUUGAGAAACCCCAGAUUGUGUUGUGGGAGAAAAAUGACUUGGAAACAAUAAAACCCAACAUGCAUGAAAUGUUUUGACCCAUUAGAACAGAAAGAAAAGUUUGCAUCUGGAGCCCUUUGAACUUGCACCAGCAGGUCUGGGGAGUGUCCAACAUCACCAUUCAUAGAAGCCCAUGAGACAGAGUAAUGCCCUCAUACCACAUUUAAACCUGAUGAGAAAAGGAUCAUUUGUCAGUAAACAUACACCUGCCCACUGGAUCAUUUGCAGAACCUCUGAGAAAAUGUUCCUCUUAAUCUUUUUAGUCGGAGUUCUCUGUUUUUCUGUGGGAGAAUCAAACAGUACUGGUAAGUGAUUGAUAAAACUUACUCAAAAUUGAUUUAGCUGUUUUGUCUGGUAACUGGUCUUUUAGCUGUAGACAUGACAUUUCAAGCAGUGUCCUGCAGUAUGACAUGAUUUUCUUCAUUUAAACUAUUUGAAACAUUUUUCAGAUUGUACAUGGACUGUUUGAGCUGUAAAAACAUUGAGAAAUGGAGACCAGUUACAGCAUCUUAAAUGUACACUUCCCUUGUACAUUUGGAUACAUGUUAACUUAAUAUCUUGAUGGUUGAAAAAAAAUGUUAGUCAUCA